UCGAUUUCGAAGAGGCGUGGAAACAAACCGUCAAACGCUCAGACGAUACUCACGAGUUUUGUGAGUCCUCAUUCUUCUAUCUGCGACGCGCGGUACUUAUGCUCAUUUCGCCAAUCCAGACCGGUAGUAUAUUGCAUCGUAAGCACCUUUUCAAUGUUAUUGGCAACAUGAUACUGACCUUGACCUACAAGAUACCACUGUAUUCUACGAUUGCAAUCACAUUUAUUCCUCGCCUUUGCAUAAUCGAUGAUGUGUGCAAAUCACAGCUCUGUCACUUUAGCGUCUCUCUGCUUUCAUACGGAGGGGCGCUCAUUCUUAUGAGCCAUAUAAAAUGCAUCCUGUGCUAUUUUUUGCCCCGCUUGCUUGCCUUCGUGGCCGAGCUUAAGGCUCAGAGAGCAGUGAGGUUCACACGCAGGACAUAUCCUCUCGUACUGAAAUCUCCAUCCGUCGCCUAGCUGAUCCGGGUCCUAGAAGGAUAAG